AUGCCCGUAAUGGCGAAAACAACAUUGAACUCGAAGAACCCUAGUACUGUCGCUAAAAAGGUCUCUGGAACCGGUGGAGGAAUCUUGGGUGGACAGGGCAGCAGCGAGGUUGUGUGUCCUCUUCAGAAUGCAGAUGGAUCAGUGUGCAGGAAAAAGUGCAUCGGUAACUUUGCCUACCGCUCAAUAUGUGAGCACAUUCGUCGAGCUCAUCCAGACAAUUGGAUCCCAAAGCUACCAGCUAGCGCUGAGACCUUCGCAAAGAUGGUCAGCCUAUCCAGAGGAGGAAUCCCAUCAGGCGCAUUCCCUCUUGUAAGGAAGCCAAUCCCAUCCGCCAUCAACACUGGAUACCGAAAAUCUUCAAAGUCUAUGCCCAAACUCGAAGAUGACCAAUACGUCGACGGCAUGUCACCACCUUCAUCGGCAAACGAAUCAGAAACUUUACACUCAAUCUCAUUAUCAAACCCAGCAAACUUUCAAUCAAAAUUCCCUGCAGCAAUGUCGGAUUUUGAGCACGAUGAGGAUGAAGAUUCCUUUAUGGAUGAUGAGGAAAUGGGAAUUGAUAGCCACGAAGAACGGAGUGGAACAGAGACUGAAGAUGAUGAACGACGAGGACGUGUUCAACAUGCCAUCUUCCACCGUGGGAUGCGUGGGAUAAGCUCACCUCACCUCAAGGACUUCAACUUUAUCAACCAAGAGCAUCGUUCUGGAUCAUCAAAACGAAAACGCCAGGCUCACCCAUAUGGUGAUAGCACUGAGAGCUCCAUGUAUGGAAGUCGACAAUCUUCACUCGGUGCAUCACGCUGGGACGAACUGAUCGAGGCCGCCACCACUCGCGCCGUGGUCGAGGUGGGAGAAUACGCACACUACCACCACAUCCACGACAACAACGAUGCACCUCAGACACCCCCGUCUCCUCCCACAACAGCAUCUUCUUCCCACGCGCCGAUCCUUACCGCAUCCCCUUCAUCGCGCCAGUCAAUAUUCUCGCCAUCCAGUCGAUGCCUCAUUUGCGCUACCUGCGAGAAUCCCUCCCCAAUUGGGAACUCCUUUGCGUGCACCGAGUGUAUGGCAGGCUUCUGCGCCGAUUGCGCGUACAGUGCGGGCAAACGGGGAAGCUGUGGUGAGUGCCGAGCCGUCGGUGCAAAAUUCAAGCCUCUCCGGAUCAUCGUCCGAUAA